UACCUGUACGGCUGUACUCACUCUGUGUGCUUUUAUUGCUGAUCUCUCUCUCCCUCCCCCGCAAAAGUGAAGAGCUGCCGCCGCAAAAAAAAAUCUCCGGUAAAAGCUUCCUGUUACUCUGUGUGUAAAGCAAAGGUUAUGAGCCAUGGAUGGAAAUGAUGGAGCUCGAAAAGGUACCGGAGAAAAUGGCAUGAUUUUGAAUCAGAAUAGAACGGACGAUGUGAUAAUUAAUGUUCCUGAAGAUGCAAAGGAUACACAGCCUAACUUUUCAGGGGCAUCACCUCUUAGAGAAUCGAAUGAUUUGGGACUUAAUGGUCAAAUGUCGCCCCGGGUGAGUUUCACCGCAACUGAACCUGUGAGGAUUAGUGCUAUUAAGCCUCCCAAGAUCCCCACAGGUGAGGGUAUUACUAGGCGAAAAUCUUUAGCCAGGUCGCUUUAUUCUAAGACGAAAACUCGAUUUGGUGAGCAGUCUGUGUUAAUUGAGGGUAAGGUGAUUGGUGAGAAUUGGCCUGAAGCAGCUGAAGUGCCUAGUCGGGGUGCUUCAUUUAAUCAUGGGAAGCCGGACAUUGGUAGUGCUAGCAUAAAGGAAAGGACUGUGCCAGUAACUCCGAAGACCCCUUUUGCGAAUUCUUUUAGGGGACUGGAUGAGGAUGAGGAAAUAUAUAUGAAGGUUAGCAGUAGGAAGAAGCUGAAGCAUAAAAAAGUGAGAGCCAAAGUUUUGGUGGAAUGGUUGAUAUUUCUUUGUAUUCUUGGCUGUUUGGUUGCGAGUUUGACAGUUCCUAGGCUGCAAAAGAUAAUGCUAUGGGGAUUAUGUCUUUGGAAGUGGUUUGCCCUUGUUUUGGUAACCUUUAGUGGCUCCUUGGUUACUGAAUGGCUGAUUAAUUUUGUUGUUUUGCUGAUUGAGCUAAAUUAUUUACUGAAAAAGAAGGUAUUGUAUUUUGUUUUUGGCCUGAAGAAGAUAGUUCAAGUUUGCAUCUGGAUUGCUUUAGUGCUUAUCACUUGGGUAUUGCUGUUCCGGGAAGGGGUGGAUAAGUCAUCACGUGCUACCACCAAAAUUUUAGAUAUUAUAACUCGAACUAUUGCUUCGAUGCUUGUUGGUUCGUUCUUGUGGCUAUUGAAGAACUUGUUGUUAAAGAUUUUGGCAUCUUCGUUCCAUGUGAACACAUUCUUCGAUAGGAUUCAGGAAUCAAUAUUUCAUCAAUACAUACUAUUUUCACUCUCUGGCAAGCCAAUCAUGGAGGCGGAACAAAUGUUGGGAAGAGCAAGCAGUAAUGUAAGUCAAUUAAGUGUCACAAAGAAGGAUAAGGAUGGCAGAGAAAAGAAGGAGAAAGAGGUGAUUGAUAUUAAUAAGCUGCAUCAGAUGAGGCAAGAAAAGGUCUCUGCCUGGACCAUGAAGAUGUUAGUUGAUGUUAUAUCUAAAUCAGGGCUCACCACACUUUCUAAUGCUCUUGAUGAAAGUGUCUACAAUGGGGGUAAUGAACAAACUGACAAGGAAAUAACAAACGAGGAGGAGGCAAUUGCUGCUGCAUAUCACAUUUUCAGAAAUGUUGCUCAACAUGGUUGCACGUACAUUGACGAAUAUGAUAUGAGGAGAUUCAUGAUCAAGGAAGAGGUUGACAUUGUAUUUCCAAUGAUUGAUGUGGGUGAGACCGGGAAGAUUGACAGAAAAGCUUUGACCGAAUGGGUGGUGAAAGUUUACAAAGAUCGCAGAGCGCUUGCCCAUGCUCUUACAGACACAAAAACUGCUGUAAAGCAACUGAACAAGCUUAUUACAGCACUUUUGGUGAUUGUCAUUGUGGUUAUUUGGCUUCUCUUAACGGGAAUAGCGACCACCAAAGUGCUUGUUGUUAUGUCAUCUCAGCUUGUCGUGGCUGUUUUUAUGUUUGGAAAUACUUGCAAGACUAUCUUUGAAGCUAUUAUUUUCGUAUUUGUGAUGCAUCCCUUUGAUGUUGGUGAUCGCUGUGUUGUUGAUGGUGUUCAGAUGAUUGUGGAAGAGAUGAAUAUCUUUACAACUGUCUUUCUGAAGGCUGAUAAUGAGAAAGUGUUUUACCCAAAUUCUGUUCUGUCUAUGAAACCCAUAAGCAACUUCUACAGAAGCCCAGAUAUGGGAGAUGCGUUCGAGUUCAACAUUGAUUUCAAGACACCAAUGGAGAAAAUAGGCUCUUUGAGAGAAAAAAUCAAGAAGUACUUGGAGAAAAAUCCUAAGCACUGGCAUCCAAAUCACAACCUCGUCGUCAAGGAGAUUGAAAAUGUGAACAAGAUAAAGUUGGCCCUCUUUAUGAAUCACACGAUGAACUUCCAAGACUUUCCGGAGAGGAACAGACGCAGAACUGAACUGGUUCUGGAAAUGAAAAGGAUUUUGGAAGAGCUGCAUAUCAGAUACGAUCUCCUUCCUCAAGAUGUUCAUCUUAAUGACUCAAGAACAUCGACAGAAACCAGCAAAUGAGGUUCCCUCUAACCCGAGAAACUAAUAGGUUAGGUGUCUACUCCAAAUUAUGAUGAUCUGAUUGCUGAAAGAUUCAAGUUCAUACAGCAACAUUGAAUUCGAGGAGAGCAAGACUCAACAAUUUUGCCAUAUUUGCUAGCUAGUUGUGAAGGUUUGGAUGAUAUAAUUUAGAACUAAAAGGUUUAAUAUAUUUGAAGCACUUAGUCCUUGGGACAGUUCUAGAAGUUUGUGGGGUUAUACUUAAAUUGGAACUUCUUGUUUUAUCAUGAUUAGAUAAUUUACUGAUAAAACUGUCAAGAGAUUUCUGAUUGCA